AUGGAUCAUCGAACGCCUUUACUCAAUACCAAUAAGGAAACAACCGCUAUUCGACGAUUAUUUUCGCGUAAUCACAUUAAAAUAAGUACCGGAAUAAUUUCUACAGUAAUAGUUAUCGUUUGUGCUACUGCUAUUCUUACUCCAAUGCUCAUUUUAAAACAUAAAAAUACACCACCACCACCAUUGCCGGCAUCAAUUAAUUUAUCAGAUUCCACUACUGUCUUUAGCACAAAUAAGUUGCCCAUGUCUGGUUCAACUAUCGACUAUCGUCUUAUGCCCUAUGUAGGCAAUGGUCAUGUCGCUACAGUAAUCUUUAGUGAUUUUAUUUACAUGAAUGGAAUGUUUAAUGGAGAGAAUGGUACGAGUCAUCGAGCUCGUAUUCCAAGUACACUCAAUUGGCAAUUCAGAAUCAAUUCAUCGUCAUCAUUGUACUCAUUGGAUGUUGCAUCAGGUGCAUUCACGGAGAAAUUGGAAGAUAAUCAAGUUCGUGUUGAGCGUCGUAUUUUUGCUUCGCAAGAAUAUACUGAGCUACUAAUUAGCUAUGUCAUAGUUACGCGAUUAGGAUCUACAGGUAACCCAAUUAUCGUCCCCGUUGAAGUCAAUGAACAAACGACCAGCGUCGAUUUUAAUCUUACUGUUAUGUCUCGCGAUGACAAAUGUGUGUUCUUAGCAGGCAAAACACACGAAGUAGAAAAUAAUCGAUUUCAACGAGAUGUAUUACCUUUAUUCGUAUAUUACACACCAUUACCUUCAAAUGGUUUACAACUUGGUGCACAAGAAAUUAACCACACUUAUAUCUUUGUUACUUCACUUGACACACAACAAGAUAGAGCCAAACGAAGUUUUGAUUAUGCAUCUACUGAACGACAGCCAGAUCAGCUAUGGUCAGCUCAUGUUUCUCGUUGGAAUGAUGUUUGGUCAAAUGGAAGUAUUGAAAUUCGUGGUGAUGACGAAUUACAAAGACAAAUUUAUGGUGCUUUUUAUUACAUUUUGAGUUCACUUCCACCGUUAUCUACACUUAGCGAACAUAAACAAUUCUAUGGUCUCAGUCCAGGUACCCUAUCAUGGGGAGGUAUGAGCGGUGAAAGUUAUAGUGGCCACUCUUUUUGGGAUAUGGAAACAUGGAUGUAUCCACCUAUACUUUUCUUUUAUCCAACAUUGGCUAAGGAAAUGCUUUCAUAUCGUAUUGCUAUGAAUAAUUCAGCGGCUAGUAAUGCCGACCUAUUCGGUUAUGAAGGUUGGAGAUUUCCUUGGGAGAGUGCACACACGGGCGUUGAUGUAACUCCCGAUUGUUGUCCAACAGGUCGUUUAUAUGAAAUGCAUAUUACUGGCGAUAUUGCUUUUGCUGCAAGACAAUAUAUUGCUGCGACAAAGGAUCAAAAAUGGUUAAUAUCAGAAAUGGGCGGUGAUCUUAUCUAUGAAACAGCACAUUUUUGGGCAUCAAGAGCAAUAUACAAUCCUAACAGAAAACAAUUUGAAAUUUUAAUGGUAUUACCACCUGAUGAAGAUGCUGAACCAUUUAAAAAUAAUUCAGCCUAUACGAAUGCCAUUGCUUCACUCUCGAUCGAAUUAGCUAACCAAGUUAGUUGUAUAACUAAAAAGCCGGUGCCUCAAGCAUGGCUCAAUGUAUCUAGAAAUCUUUAUGUUCCAUUCGAUAAUGUUAGUCAAAUUCAUCUGGAAUAUGAAAAUUUCGAUCCUAAACAUACAAUUAUAAAACAGGCUGAUGUCGUUUUGCUUGGUUUUCCUUUAAUGUGGCCAAUGAGUGAACAAAUACGACGCAAUGAUUUAUUAACUUAUGCGCCUCUUACUCGAGAUGAUGGACCAGCUAUGACUUGGUCAAUGUAUGGAAUUGGAUACAUCGAAUUGAAUGAUUUCGAUUCAGCAGAAAAAUACUUUCGACAUUCCUAUGAAAUUUACGUUCGAAAACCUUUCAAUGUAUGGACAGAGACUCAACAAGGUGUUGGUGCCGUGAAUUUUAUCACUGGUGCUGGUGGUUUUCUGCAAGCUGUUCUCUUUGGCUAUGGUGGUAUUCGUUUGACUCUCGAUGAAUUGGUGAUAAUGCCACCAAAAAGUUUACCAAAUCAAUCAACAAAUCUAAUCUUUCACGGUCUUAAAUAUCAAGGCGCAACAUUAGAUUUGACUACUGACGGUCAAAUGUAUCAACUCUAUGUACGCGCAUUGAACAAAGACUCUCAACCAUUAGUAUAUGAACAUGAUCAACAACAUGGUAUACUUAAUGUUACUGACUUACUUCAUUUUCCAGUGGCAACACGCUUAAGUAUACAUCCAGCAACACCGAUAUGUCCUUGA